CCGCCAAGCGGCGCGGCCCCCCGGGCCCGCUGUGCCCCGCCCGGCCGCGUUGCCGGGGAGCGGCGGGGCCGGGGAGCGGCGGGGAGAGCCCGCCCGCCGCCAUGAGCAGGAAGCGGCUGCAGCAGCUGGUGGAGGCGCUGGGCCGGUCCGCCCGGCACUUUAAUAAAGGCGAGGUGGAGUGUCUGGUCCGGCUGUUCGACGCGCUGGUGGCCGGGCCCGGCGCCCGCCCCGCCGCCGUUGGCUUUGACCGCAGCACGUUCAGGGACACCCUGCACGGCGCCUUCGGCUUGACGGACGACAUGAUCUUGGACAGAGUGUUCCGCACUUUUGAUAGAGACAACGAUAGCUGCAUCAGUGUGGUGGAAUGGGUGGAAGGCUUAUCAGUAUUUCUUCGGGGGACAUUGGAAGAGAGGAUUAAAUACUGUUUUGAGGUUUACGACCUGAAUGGUGAUGGAUACAUUUCAAGAGAGGAAAUGUUUCAAAUGCUGAAAAACAGCCUUCUCAAACAACCAUCAGAAGAAGAUCCUGAUGAGGGAAUUAAGGAUUUGAUAGACAUAGUACUGAAGAAAAUGGACUAUGAUCAUGAUGGCAAGCUUUCUUUUAUGGACUUUGAAAAAGCAGUCAGAGAUGAGUAUCUUCUCUUAGAAGCCUUUGGACCAUGUUUGCCAGACAUAAAGAGCAGUAUGGCAUUUGAACAGAAAACUUUCCGGGAUGUUCGUAAACUCUAACUCCAAGUGGAAUACUGUUAAAACAGAUACAAGUCAUGUACUUGAUACUGGAGUCAGCACAGCUACCUGCAAAGUUGCUGUGCCUCCCCAUGUGGGGGGGUGCAGAAAAAGUGUCAUUUACUAAAAAUCAUUUAGGACCAUGCACUGACACUCAUACUUGCUGAAGUGUUGUGUAAGAGGUAUGGAGUAGAAUUGCCUACAAUGUUUUGCAUUAUGGAAGAGUUAAAUAGUAAGAACAUCAGCUUCAUGGCAAAUAAACUGCUAAAACUAAAUAACUGUUGAAGUAAAUUA